AUGAAUCCCCAUCAGAAGAACAAGGUCGACGUCAAUACGCUCUCCCCCGAGGAGCAGCGGCUCUUUCGCCUCUACGGCAAGCUGCCCUCGCGCUCCGACCACUUCGCCAAGCACCUCAAGGACCGCAAGUACUUCGACUCGGGCGACUACGCCAUGUCCAAGGCGGGCAAGGGCGACAGCGUCGAUGCCGGCGCCGUCGGCUCCCAGCACCCCGUUCCCGAGGACAUCCCCCACAUCCUGUCUCCCGUCAACAGCAGCGUCGCCGCCGGCGCCAUGCCGAAGCACGGCUCCAUCGCCGGCCUCCAGGGAGGCAGCCCCGUCAAGGAAAGCAGCUUCCUCCACCGCGAGACGAGCGCCGAGGGGACCACCCCGUCGGGCCCGUCGGAGCACAAGGGGGACGCCGUCGGCGGCGCACCCGCCGCAUCGACCUCUUCCUGA